AUGCGGUUUUCCUGGCAAAGAAGCCGAGGAUCCUGGAGCCUGAUGCUCUCGCUUCUGCUCCUUGCUACCUGGGAAUCUGGGAGCAGCCAGCUCCACUACUCCGUCCCAGAGGAGGCCAAACACGGCACCUUCGUGGGUCGCAUCGCGCAGGACCUGGGGCUGGAGCUGACGGAGCUGGUGCCGCGCCUGUUCCGGGUGGCGUCCAAGGGCCGCGGGGACCUUCUGGAGGUAAAUCUGCAGAAUGGCAUUUUGUUUGUGAAUGGUCGGAUCGACCGGGAGGAGCUGUGCGGGCGCAGCGCGGAGUGCAGCCUGCACCUGGAGGUGAUCGUGGACAGGCCGCUGCAGGUGUUCCACGUGGAGGUGGAGGUUAAAGAUAUUAAUGACAACCCACCAGUAUUUCCUGAAAGGAACAAAAGCAUAAUCAUUGCAGAAUCUAGACCUCCAGAAACGAGAUUUCCACUAGAUGGCGCAUCUGAUGCAGAUAUUGGAGUAAACUCGGCCUUGACUUACCGUCUAGAUCCCAACGAUUAUUUCGCUUUGGACACACCAAACAAGCGUGAGCAAAUGUCUUCAUUGUCACUAGUAUUAAAGAGAACAUUGGACAGAGAGGAAAUUGAGAAGCAUAGUUUAUUAUUGAGAGCCACUGAUGGAGGUAAACCCGAGCUCACCGGCACAGUGCAGCUGCUCAUCACCAUUGCUGAUGUGAAUGACAAUGCCCCAGAAUUUGAUCGACUCAUUUAUAAAGUCAGAGUGCUGGAGAAUGUAUUCAAUGGGACAUUGAUACUCAAACUAAAUGCCACAGAUCCGGAUCAUGGUACAAAUGGAGAUGUAGUCUACGCCUUUAGAAGACCUAUAUCUCCCGCAGUGCUAUAUGCAUUUGACAUAAAUCCCUACAGUGGAGAAAUUAGGACAAAAGGCAGACUGGAUUUUGAAGAAAAAACGUUUUAUGAAAUUCCAGUGGAGGCAAUUGAUAAAGGACACAUUCCAAUGACAGGUCAUAGUACUCUUUUGGUGGAAGUACUGGACAUAAAUGACAAUGCACCAGAGGUCACUAUCACUUCCCUGUCACUCCCUGUCAAAGAAGACACUCAGCCUAAUGCUGUCAUUGCUCUGAUCAGUGUGUCCGACCGUGACUCUGGUGCCAAUGGACAGGUCACCUGUUCCCUAAUGUCCCGCACUCCUUUCAAGCUGGUGUCCACCUUCAAAAAUUACUAUUCAUUAGUGCUGGACAGCGCCCUGGACCGAGAGACCACCUCUGACUAUGAGUUGGUGGUGACCGCGCGUGACGGAGGCUCGCCUCCGCUGUGGGCCACCGCCAGCGUGUCGGUGGAGGUGGCCGACGUGAACGACAACGCGCCCGUGUUCGCACAGGCCGAGUACACGGUGUUCGUGAAGGAGAACAACGCGCCCGGCUCGCACAUCUUCACGGUGUGGGCGCGCGACGCGGACGCGCAGGAGAACGCGCGCGUGUCGUACUCGCUGGUGGAGCGGCGGGUGGGCGAGCGCGCGCUGUCGAGCUACGUGUCGGUGCACGCGGAGAGCGGCAAGGUGUACGCGCUGCAGCCGCUGGACCACGAGGAGCUGGAGCUGCUGCAGUUCCAGGUGAGCGCGCGCGACGCUGGCGUGCCCGCCCUGGGCAGCAACGUGACUCUGCAGGUGUUCGUGCUGGACGAGAACGACAAUGCGCCUGCGCUGCUGGGGCCUCCCGGCGGCGGCGGCGGCGGCGGCGGCGGCGGCGGCGGCGGCGGCGGCACGCGCAGCGAAGUGCUGUCGCGCUCGGUGGGCGCUGGCCACGUGGUGACCAAGGUGCGCGCGGUGGACGCGGACUCUGGCUACAACGCGUGGCUGUCGUACGAGCUGCAGCCGGCGGCGGCCGGUGCGCGCAGCGCGUUCCGCGUGGGGCUGUACACGGGCGAGAUCAGCACCACGCGCGCGCUGGACGAGGCGGACGCCGCGAGGCAGCGCCUGUUGGUGCUGGUGAAGGACCAUGGCGAGCCGGCGCUGACGGCCACCGCCACGGUGCUGGUGUCUCUGGUGGACAGCGGGCAAUCGCCCAAGCUGUCUUUGCGUGCCUCGGAGGGCGCCGUGGCUUCGGAGGCGACGCUGGUGGUGAACGUGUACCUGAUCAUCGCCAUCUGCGCGGUGUGCAGCCUGCUGGUGCUGACGCUGGUGCUGUACGUGGCGCUGCGGUGCUCUGGGGCGGCUGUGGGGCGGAGCGAGGGCGCGUGCGCGCCUGGGAAGCCUGUGCUGGUGUGCUCCAGCGCGGUGGGGAGUUUGACUUACUCCCAGCAGAGGAGGCAGAGGGUGUGCUCAGCAGUGGUUCCAUCCAAUACGGAUCUCAUGGCCUUCAGCCCUAGUCUUCCUCCUUCUCUGGGUUCAGUAGAAGAGCCAUGUCAGAGGGAGGGGCAGGUAGAACGCCCGAAAGAGGUAAGUUCGAAUAUUUAA